AUGGCUCAAGAAGACACCACAAGCAUCAGCACAAGCAGCACCAGUGCCAGCACUUCCAGUGUGCCUGUACCUGUGCCUGCGCCUGUGCCUGUACCAGUUGUGCCUGAUGUCAACGACGUCGCCGCUCCUAGUACGGGUCCCUCGACAACCUCUACUAAUUCUAUCCUUCCCCCGACUACUUCGACCUCUCCUCCUCUUCCUGUCGCUUCUGCUCCUGCUCCCCUCGCCACGACACCGACCUUGACGUCCAUCGAGACCCCGACUCCCUCCACCGAGAUCCCGUCCGUCGCGACUGCGAACGCGUCCGUACCUGCCACUGCUGCGGCGCCUACGACUGGUCCUUCGACCACGAACGCGACUGCGACUUCGACUGCGACUGAGCCUACGCCUGCCGUGGCAGCUCCUGCGCCUCUCCCUCCUCAGCAGAACGGCCAACAGAACGGCGACGCGAGGGCGUCACACUCGCCCGGCAUGGCGCAUAACCAGCACCCUCAUGGCUCCCAGAGAGGCUACCCGAGCCCCAAUGCCUUCCCGUCACCUGGUCCUAUGCCGCCGAACCAAUAUGCCUACCACCCUCAGCAGACGCAAGCUCAGGCGGACCCAUAUCGAGCUAGUCCUGGCGCGCCGAUUCCCUCUCUGCCGAGCAUGAAGAGCCUCGAACACCACUACCAACAAAGUGCGCCGCCGCCUCCUCAGACGAUGCCGAUGCAGAUGCAGAUGGCGCCCAACCAAGGCAUGCAAUACUACCUCCCGCCGGGAGUACAGAGCAACCCAUAUAUGACGCAGGAUCUGAAUCACCUGAGAUAUCAAAUCCCCCACGGGCACGAUCCUAGAUUGAUGCGCGGUCCCGGUGGGCCGAAGAAGUGUGACGAGGCUCACCCGUCCUGCAACAACUGUAAGAAGUCGAAGCGAGAGUGUUUGGGGUACGACCCCAUCUUCAAGCAGCAGCCGGGUCCUUCCGUCAUCCAGCCCGCUCCGAAUGCCCAGCGGGUGCCGACGCCGACCAUCCCAUCCGUGCCAUCAUCCGUUCCACCUCCGGUCCCGACCGUACCUUCAACUCCUGCCGCGCCUCAGGUCCCCGUGCCGGUAGCUCCAUCAAACCCGUACGGGAAUCAACCCGCCGUCUUGCCUAGCUCGUACAAUCCUCCCGUCCCAUCUUCGCACGCCCCUCUCGAUCCAGCCUUGAACUCUGCUGCGUCCGGCAUCAAACCCGAGCCCACCGCCUACGACUUUGCGGCGCCGAUAGAUCCAGCUCUGCAAAACCUACCCGCCCCGGCAACGUUACACUCUACUCAGACUCAGUCGUUCUCGGGCGAGCAAAGGGCAGGCUUCGACAACCAUCUCAGAGCCACCAGAAUGAAGGUCGAUGACCUUAUCGGCCUCCUGGGCCCCGCUGCUCCCACCCAGGAGAUUGCCCUCACUCCCGAGCUACUUACCGAGAUCAUCAACGUCUAUCGCGAGGUCUACGCUGUCGGCCUGCAGUCCUUCUUCGAGGCAAACUAUUUCCAGAAGCAGGAUGCCCAGGGAAAGUUUGCCUUUGAGCACAGCCAGCAACUCUUGCGCCAAUUUGCCUCAUUUCUCAAGAUCGUUCAGUCUGUCCCGGCCAAUGACCACACCCAGAUGACUCAUUCUGGAGUUCUCGAGACUCGGUUGAUCUGGGCCCUGGCCAUCUUGCCAUGCAACAGCGCGCCCCCUUCUUCCAACGCUGAUGCCAAGGUUCUGCCACCGCCGGAUGACCUGACAGAAGCAGCCAACCGAGUCAAGGUCAUGGAGACUCUCCUCUGUGGCGACUUCUUGUCCUCAAAUCCUCUCACACCUCCUGUUCCUGACACCCAGCCUCAUCGCGAGCAGGAGUUUGAGUUCUGGUAUAACCUCGCGCAGUAUCUGUGUUACUACGACCCAGCAAAGCGUGAUGAGGUUCUUGGCAAACUCAGAAUGCAGCUUGGUGGUAGAGAGAACCGAGAUCUCAUCUACUCCAUUGCCAUCUCACGAGAGCUCUCUCCUCGUGUGGAAGUUGGUUUUGAGCGGAAUGUGCCUCAGCAUAUGGAUGAGUCCGACCCCAAGAACCGACUCUUCGUAGCGAACAAGUUCAUUCAGGAUGAGGCGCAAGUUACCGGCGGAACAACCAACGUGGUCCGGCGAUUCGGCGAGAUUGCCAUCAGGGCGUAUAUCAGUCCCGGAGUCAACAUUGCGGCACACCCCCACCAGGCUGCUCCAGCACAGCCUUGA